UUGAGUUUGCAUUUACUUAGAUUUAUGACAUGUAAGGGAUAAAAUUUACAUUUAUCACAAAGUGAUAAAAAUUAUGCACCUUCCCAUUCAUCCUUUGUGGUUGACCAUUUGUUUCAUAGUUUGUAGACUUAUUUUCUCUACAUCUGCUGGAAUUUAUGGUUUUAUGAGUUCUGUAUCCAUUCAUUUAUGAACUGUUAUACAUGAAAGCAAUGGGCAAUGUCAUUUUUUGUAAUACAUGUAUGGUGCUGUACAUGCCUUCUAUUUGUUAAUAGAUGAGUUAUCCUUCUUUAAGUUUGUUGCAUCAGCUCGACAACUGGCAAAAGCCUUGGAAGUGCCAUUAGUAAACGAUCUAGGAUAUACUAAGAGAUAUGUACGGUGCCUUCAGAUAUCAGAAGUGAUAAAUAGUAUGAAAGACUUGAUUGAUUAUAGCCGAGAAACAGGAACUGGACCAAUGGAGAGUUUGGCCAAGUUCCCUCGGAGGACAGGUUCUUCAUCUGGGUUCCAUAGUCAAGCUCCACAGCUUGAGGGACAACAGCAGCAGCAGCACCAUGAUUGUAUCUUUUAUUGUUUUUUUUUUAUUGUAUUUCGAUUUAUUUGUAUUCAUGCAAGUUUAACUAAAUUUUUAUAAUAUAAA